CGACGGCGGAACGCGCGAGCGAAAGUUCCCCGCCGCGCCGUUUUCAGUGUUGACGGAGCGUCCGACGCACCAUCACCACCACGACGACGGCUGCGGUGGCAGUGACGGUGACGAGCUAUCUCUGCAGUGGUAGUGUGCACACGGUCGUGACUGGGCGACAUCACCACCAUCAUGACCAGCCAAGGCGUCGUGGAACGUGCCAGUGCCGAACUGUCAAAGCGCAUCAAUGGAUUGACGUUGCGGGCGGCCAACAAACCAUCGCCGUCGACUUCCGGUGGCAGCGGCGGCGGUAGCUCGGCUGGCGCGACCGGUUCGCCGUCCCGGGCCUCGCGGACCGGUACCAGCGUCAUGGAACGUGUAACUAACGUGCUGUGCGGCGGUGGUACCGGUGGCGGCGGUGGCCUCAUUUCCGGAGGAUCCGGUUCCGGUGGCAUCCAGUAUCCGCGGUUCCGCGGCCGGACGCCUGUCCGUAACCGCGUGGCCACGUACCGGAUCAAGCGGCCGGUCACGUGGUCGGAGAUGAUGCGUGACGAGCAGUUCCUCAACGGUUUCUUUACGUACUUCUCGGCCGCCGACCGCGUGCCGCUGUCUCGCGUGUGUGUCAGGUGGCGCGACGUGCUGUACAGAUCUCCAAAGUUCUGGUACAACGUGCGGCCGGUGAUCCGCUGCAAACAGCUCAGAUCAUACAACUACGCUGACAAGGCGGCCGUGUUCAAGUCGUUUGUGGCCAGAGAGAUGACGGCCAUCACCAUUUACGGUGCACAGGACCAGGAUACGGUCGAGUUCGUCAACACUUACCCGUUUCCCAACAAAAACAUAUUGGCGCUGUGUUUGCAGUCUUCCAGCGUCACUGACAGGGGAUUGGAGUCGUUCCUAGACCAUUUGCAGGGUGUUUGGCAACUGGAGCUAGUCGGGUGCAACGAAAUCACGGAGGCCGGCCUAUGGGCAUGCCUGACGCCCAGAAUCGUGUCGCUGACCCUGAGCGAUUGCAUAAAUGUGGCCGACGAUGCGGUCGGCGCCGUGGCUCAGAUGCUGCCAGCCCUCAACGAGUUCACGCUGCAAGCGUACCACGUCACCGACGCCGCCUUGGGAUUCUUCUCGUCCAGGCAGUCCAACAGUCUGUCCGCGCUCAGGCUGCAGUCGUGCUGGGAGCUCACCAACCACGGCAUUGUAAAUAUUGUUCACUCACUUCCCAAUCUUACUGUGCUGAGUUUAUCAGGUUGCAGUAAAAUCACUGACGACGGGAUCGAAUUGAUCGCUGAAAAUCUGCCAAAAUUACAAAUCUUAGACUUAUCUUGGUGUCCUCGUGUUACCGAUGCAGCCCUCGAAUACAUUGCUUGUGAUUUAGUUGGAUUGGAGCAGUUGGUCUUAGACAGGUGCAUACACAUCACUGAUAUUGGUAUAGGGUAUAUAUCAACAAUGAUAUGUUUACAAGCAUUAUUUCUACGUUGGUGUUCACAACUACGAAAUUUCAGUAUACAACACUUAUGCGGCAUGCGACAUCUAAGGAUACUCUCACUUGCUGGUUGUCAUUUGUUGACAUCCAGUGGUUUAUCCAGUUUAAUUCAAAUGCGAAAUUUAGAAGAAUUGGAACUGACAAAUUGUGCUGGAGCAUCGCCGGAAUUAUUGGAAUAUUUGCAUGAGCAUUUACCAUCAUGUUUAAUCGUUAGAUAGAUAUUCAUAAAACGUAAACACGACAAUAAUGGAGGGUUGUUAAUUAUUUUUUUGAUUGUUUAUUUCUUUUUUUUUACUUUUUUAAACAUUCUUGAGUUUUGAUUUUUAGUAGGUGUUUUGAGUCUGUUAUAAUGUCCGCACACAUAUCAUAUAUCCCACAAUACUUUUAUUAUUUAUUUAUUUAAAUUUUUAAGUUUGCUGUUUUAAGCAAAACUUGUUGUUAUUUUAACUUUUGGAAUUAAUUGAAUUUGGGUUCAAAUUACAAUAUUGUACACACGUACUAUUAAGUCAUUCUCGCCUAAAAACACUAUCGUGAUUAGGUGUU